AUGAUUUUUCUGUACCUCAUACUAGCGUUCAUACUUCUCUUUUACUAUGUCAUUUCGCGUAAAUAUAAUUACUGGAAAAUUAGAAACGUACCAUAUAAGGAGCCAACAUUUUUAUUGGGAAAUUUUACGGAUAUGUUUCUCGACAAGAAGUUUAACGGAGAAAUAAUGGACGACAUUUGCAAGCAGUUUCCAGACGACAAGUACGUUGGAGCUUUCAACGGUAUUGAACCUGUCCUAAUUCCUAAAGAUCCAGAAAUAAUCAAGUUGAUCAUGACCAAGGACUUUUAUUACUUUCAUGGAAGAGCAUUAUCAAAAUACAAUGACAAGGAACCGGGUGGCUUGAACCUCUUCGGUACAUUUGGUGAUAAUUGGAGAGUUAUCCGGCAAAAUAUGACUCCACUGUUCACAUCAGCCAAAAUGAGAAACAUGUUCCAUCUUAUAGAGAAAUGUUCCCACGAAUACGAAGCUAUGAUAGAUCGAGAAAUUAAGAUUUCCAAGGAGCACGAUGUGAUGCCGAUGACUACAAGGUUCACUAUGGACUGUAUUGGAGCCUGCGCUUUUGGUAUAGAUACUAAAACAAUGACAGAAGGAGAGGACGAUAAUCCAUUCAGAAGGAUAAUUCGUUCUUCAAAGCCUAGGAAAAGUAUGAUAUAUCAGGGUAUGUUGCGAUCUUUGUAUCCUGAAAUCUAUUAUGCUCUUGGUUUUAAGAUGCCUAGCACUCAAUUGGAUUUUCUGCAUAAAUUGGUCACUUCUGUGAUGAACCAACGGGAUAACAAACCUUCUGAGAGGAACGAUUUUGUAGAUCUCAUUAUGAGUUGGAAACAAAAGCAUCAAAUAGUGGGUGAUAGCAUCAGGAAUAUGAAAACUGGUGAACAUGAAAAAGUGGUAUUGGAAGCGAGCGAUGAUUUACUGAUAGCUCAGUGCUACGUUUUCUUUGCUGCUGGUUUUAAAACAUCAACUACUGCUCUAAGUUACACUUUAUAUGAAAUCGCAAAACAUGAAGAUGUUCAGAACAAAGUAUUUAAUGAAAUAGAUUCAUAUUUAGCUCGUCAUAAUAACAAGAUAAAUUACGAUUGUGUUUCGGAGUUGCCAUACUUGGACGCUGUCAUAGAUGAGACAUUCCGGGUCUACCCAGUUCUCAGUGUAAUCCCGAGGGAGCUGAUGGAGGACUACACAAUGCCCGAUGGAACGAAGUUGGAUAAAGGUGUAACUGUACAAUUGCCUGUAUACCAUCUUCACCAUAACCCAAAAUUCUACCCAGAACCUGAAAUAUUUCGUCCAGAACGAUUUAUGGGUGAAGAGAAAAAGAAAAUCAAUCCGUAUGUAUAUUUACCGUUUGGAGAAGGACCAAGAGUAUGUAUAGGUAUGAGGUUCGCAAAGAUGCAAAUGUUGGCUGGUCUGAUCACGAUGUUGAAGAAGUAUCGCCUGGAGUUAGCUGAUGGUAUGCCGACGAAGCUGAAGUUCAAGGCCCAGUCCUUUAUCACGCACCCAGUGGGAGGAAUCAAGAUCAAGUUUAUUGAGAGAGAGGGAUGGGAGAGUAGGGUGUUUGCUAAGAGUAGCUAA